AGAUGGGGGUGGGGGUGGGUGGUAUCAUCCGGGUCUCUAACUUUUGCGGGUCUGUCAGUAUUUCCGACCCCCUGUGAAGAGAGGGCGGGAAUAACAACGCAGAGCUUCUCCAUCCGGGUCCCUCCCAGGCACCCUCACGUAAGGGAAGUUGUCAGGUCGGGGUUGGGAGAAGCGCGCACGAAAGGAUCCCCAAGAGAAGCAGAACCUUCCUCCUCCUCCUUCUUGACUGGCCGCCGCUGGCCCCCGCCGUAUUUGCGGUGCCGCUUGCGAGUCACGGAGGCAGUCGCGGUUACCGCGCAGGUACGGUGCGCUUGGUGACAACGGAGGCCUCCUAACACCAGAAAGGAAAUGGAAGAAGCAGUGUGCCAAGUGGAGCCUUUGAAUGAAAAUCAGCUGUCAAACUUCACAGACGAACAUGUAUGGGAAGUUACUGACAUGAAUCGAUUGCGGCGUUUCUUGUGCUUUGGUUCUGAAGGAGGUACUUACUGCAUCAAGGAACAGAACCUGGGGCUUGAAAAUGCUGAUGCACUGCUUAGACUUAUCGAAGAUGGCAAAGGCUGUGAAGUGGUACAGGAAAUAAAAACAUUUAGCCAAGAAGGAAGAACAGCAAAGCUAGAACCUAUAUUGUUUGCACUUGCAAUUUCUUCACAGUGUUCUGAUGCAAAAACAAAACAAGCUGCUUAUAGGGCUGUCCCUGAAGUCUGUCACAUACCACCUCACCUUUUCACUUUCAUCCAGUUUAAAAAGGAUCUCAAGGAGGGUAUGAAGUGUGGUAUAUGGGGCCGUGCUUUGCGAAAAGCUGUUGCAGAUUGGUACAACGGAAAGAAUGGUAUGGCUGUUGCUUUAGCAGUUACAAAAUACAAGCAAACAAAUGGCUGGUCUCAUAAAGAUCUUCUCAGGUUGUCCCACCUAAAGCCUGCAAAUGAAGGCCUUGCUGUAGUCACAAAGUAUGUAAUGAAAGGGUGGAAGGAACUCCAAGAGGCAUAUAAAGACAAUAUGCUUUCUGCUGAGACUGAAAAACUAUUAAAAUAUUUGGAGGCAGUGGAGAAGGUGAAGCGUACAAAGGAUGAACUGGAAGUAAUUCAUUUGAUAGAAGAGUAUAAUUUAGUCAGGGAACACCUCCUCACAAGUCAUUUGAAAUCUAAAGAGGUAUGGAAAGCGUUGUUGCAGGAGAUGCCUUUAACAGCAAUAUUGAGGAAUCUGGGAAAGAUGACAGCAAAUUCUGUCCUUGAACCAGGAAGCCCAGAAGUAACAACAGUCUGUGAAAGAUUAAAAAAUGAAAAACUCCUUAAAAAGGCUCGAAUACAUACUUUCCAUAUAUUGGUUGCAUUAGAAAACUAUAAGGGAGAACGAAGUUAUCGGGCAAAACUUCGCUGGAAACCUGACAAAGACAUUUUGGAAGCUCUUGAUGCUUCAUUUUACAAAACCUUCCAGACACUAGAGCCAACAGAGAAGCGUUUCUUGCUUGCUGUUGAUGUCAGCCAUUCUAUGUCACAAAAGGUUUUGGGCUGCGUGCUAAAUGCUAGUACAAUUGCUGCAGCAAUGUGUAUGGUUGUUGCACGGACAGAAAAACAUUCCCACGUUGUUGCCUUUUCACAUGAAAUGGUCCCUUGUCCUGUGACUGAGGACAUGACGUUACCUCAAGUAUUACAAAAGAUGUCUGAGAUUUCAAUGGGUCCCACCGAUUGUUCUCUUCCAAUGCUGUGGGCUCAAAAAAAUGGAGUUGCUGUUGAUGUCUUUAUCGUGUUCACAGAUAACAAGACUUUUGCUAGAGAUACUCAUCCUGCCAUAGCCUUGAAGAAAUAUAGGGAGGAAAUGGGUAUUCCAUCCAAACUUAUAGUCUGUGGAAUGACAUCUAGCAGCUUUACCAUUGCAGACCCAGAUGACAGAGGAAUGCUGGAUAUCUGCGGCUUUGACACAGGAGCCCCAGAUGUCAUUCGAAACUUCACUUUGGAUCUGAUUUAAAUCUGAGCGCCUGCUUUAUUGAAUUCGUACCAGCUUGAAGACUUUGAUACAGAACCUCUCAGUCUGAUUAGAUGACUAUACUAACUGAUGACUGAGUUCAAUGCAUUGGUCAGAAUGUUUAUCAUUUUUAUCAAGGGAUAUAAAGAGAAAAAGAGGCGAAGUCUGUUCUGUAGAGACAUUUAUUUACGUAUGUUGCACAUAGUUUAGAAAUAACAGUGGGAAGCUAGAAAUAAUUACGGAACACAGUGUAUACUUUGAAUUUUUUAAAAUAAUAGUUUGGCUAUAUCAAGGUAUUCCAUCAUGGUAGACUUCAUUUUCCUUGAAGUGAUUUUAAUGUUUUACAUUGUGUUGGAUUAACGGUUGUUUGCCUGAGUAGUUUUUAUUCUCUGUAUUGACAAGGGAAAGUGAGGCUAGGUAUGCACUACAAGUUACCUCACUUCUAACAAUGCGUAUUAGUUCGCAUUGCUUAUAGCACAUUUAUAUCUGGCAACUUGCUGCUUUCCCUGUUCCUUAUAUUAGAUGCAGACAUUGUUACCACAUAUAUUAGGUCACUUUGGGACAACUGGUUUGUUCCAAGGGAUGGGUGGGUGUUGUCUCCUAGAACCACCUUUAUUUCAGAACAGGUCUUGCAAGAAUUGCCUAAUUUUUUAAUUCAUGCAUUAUGAUUGCACCAAUUUGUAAAUAAGCAUCUUUUGCAUUUUCUAUGUUUGUGACAGGAGAAUAACAAGGCUUUCCUAGAAAGUUUAGAGGCAGUCCAAUCCAGAUCCUGAAGUGGCCGGGGGCUGUGCUGCCACUGUUCCAGAGGGCUUCCAGCAGGUAUGGGGAGGCAGCUAAAAUACCUCCCCUCCAACCAUCUGGAAGACCUCCAUAGGGCUUAAUGAAAUAACACCAAAGCCCUGACUGUGGUAUCCCCAACCCUAAAGCCCAGGUGGAAGCCUACUAAAGUUGGCUACACCCCUGGGAAUGCCCUGGCCACCCCCACCCCCCCACCCCCCACCCCGCAUCUGAUUGGACACCAGCAUUCCUCUGUGGUGGUGCCCACUUCUAGGUUUCACAACCAUGCAGCUGAAAGGUACCCAGCCACCUGUACCUUUGUCCUCUCCACCAGCGGGGGUGCCCUUUGCACUAGCGGAGAGGGCAAAUGCAUCAGCACAGCCCAUUUGCCACCACCCCCCACUUUGGAUCAGGCUGUUAUUUGCACAUAUUAUCAAAGGGAAACAAAAUUGCAACCUUGGCCUUUUGAAUAAGGGAAUUAUGGAGGGGAAGGGAUAGCUUAGCCUUUGCUAACAGAUGAAAGUUGUGAUGACCAAUUAAUGGGACUUCUGUCCACGUACAUUUUUUGUACUGUGGUGAACUGUCAUAUUUAUAUUUGCCCCAACACAGUUGUAAGAGUGAUAAUACAGUACAGUACCUAUAUACAUGUUUUCAGUGCAAAUGAUACCAAUGAGAAAUAUGUUACAGGUGCCUCCAGUCAAUAAUUACCUUAGAUACAAUAUUAGUAACAAAAUUAAUCCUCAACCUUAGGGGGUUUUUUUCAGGGCUGUACUAUAAAUGGUUCUUGGAAUGCACUAGACCAUGUAACUGUGUUAAGGGGUGUAAAAACUAAAUAUCAGAUUUUUAGCUGAAGUAUAUAGAAGUUUUGCAGAGUUCAGAUUUUUCUAGAGCUGAAUAUUCUGGCUACAUAGAUUAAGAUCUUCUGGGCAACCCCUUUUAAAAUGUGUGGGAAAUACAUAAGAGUGUCUGACUCAAAAUGAUUUUCCUUCAGUGAGUUUGUUUGGAGGAAAUUCUCAGUUGACUUACUCUUUGCUUUACUGAUUUGUGCAGUGAGUAGAGCAAAAAUCAAAACUAGUAUGUAUAUAUACUGGAGUCUUGAAGAAGCCAUGUAGAAAAAACAUUUUUCUUAAUGGUUUAGUCAUAGCUUGGAUUCAAUUUUGAAAAUCUCUUUCAAGUCUGUGUGGAAAAUACUCUUCCUCAGUGUGAGCAGUGAUCCUUUUGAAAACUAGUGGCAACUGUAGCAAAGUAAUAGUGCAGUUUUUUCAGGGUGUACCCUACAUCCUGGAAUGUGAUACUAUGUAAAUAGUAAGAGGCUAUACUAUGUAAAUAGUAAGAGGCUACACAGGACUGCAACUUUUAAUCGGGUACAUCAGUUAAUUAACGAAGUGUAAUUUGUUUGAAUUAACUAAAAAGAUACCCUCAGUUCCCUGGCUAACAUAUUUUUUUACAAUAAACCGUAUUUAGAAGCACUUACAAGCAUUGCUACCAGCAGAUAUGUUAAAUCGGUCCUAGCUGAGUAUCUUUCUGAAUAAUGGUAAAAAUUUGUGAGCGAAGGUUGCUUCUGUGUUUCCUAAGAUCUUCUGUCCUCUAGAGAACAGCAGCUGAACUGCAUUUAAAAUCAUGCCAUUUGAAGAAUGGUAGCAGCACGGAUGUUUAUAAAUUAUCUCUGUUACACUGUAGAGUGUGAAAAUGUUCCUAAGUGCCGGGGUUCUUUGACUUUUCCACCUCUAGAAAAAUGUGUAAGGAAUAUGCAUUCCUGAUCAGAUCUUGACAAACUUAUGUGUGGAUCUCUUCUUACCAGCUCCAUAUGAAAUCUCAGCAGUAGAAUAGGAAGUUACUCAACAGCAUGAAAAUAAGACAUAAAUAGUGAUGCUUGGGUUUUAAGCAUAUACUUCUAUGAUAUAUGUAAAAGUUUGGUAUAAACUACGGGUGAUUCAAAUAAUGAACAGUAAGUUGACAUUUAAAAAAAGGGAAGUGACCAUAUAUAGGUUUCAUACAGAUCUGCAUUUUACUAAAACACAAAAAAGGAGGCUAAUGCAGCUGCCCUUACACCUGUGCUUAGAUCAGGAUCCUUUCCAGUAGAACUGUCUCUGAAAUGUAUGGUAGGUAUACAAGACCAGCUGUAUGCUUAGUAUGCUUAGUAAAACUAAAAAGUUUUAUUGUUUUGUAAAUAGACAGCAACAACUAUUGCAGUUGAUGCUUGUAGCAGAAUGUAAGUGAAAAAUUGAAUGAACUAUCUAUGUGAGUUUACAAAAAAUAUCUGGAGGUAGAAGAAAUCUCCUUUGUUUCAAAAACAAAACCCUUUACUACAUGGCAUGGAAAGAUGAGCUAUUGCAGCUCAGAAAACAUGAAACUAAUCAUGGAGUACUUUAAAGCCAUUUUAUUUUCAGCAAAAUGUGUGGUAGUUUUUCAACGCAACAUAAUUUCCCCAUCAAAGGACAAAUGUUACAAUGGAAUUAAUUCCCAGAUGUUUAGUUCAGACAUUACCUGGAGAAAGCCUUGGGCACAUGUUCCUCCUCUUCCUCUUACCUCUGUAUAUUGCAGUUUCUUUCUUCCCCUGUUUUGCAGCAAGGCCUGUUUUGAUGUAUAUGCUGACUGGCAGAUUCAUGGAUUUCUGCUUGACCUGCAAACCAGAAUGUCAUACCAUAUGAACUGUGCAGUUCUAGUUUGCUGGUUUGGCUGGGACUGCAGACAGUGUUACCACAAACCAGGGAGGUAAUUGCAAGAUACAUGUGGAGAAGGGAGUGCACAAAUUCAAGGUUCCUUUGUGAUUCAUUCAUGAUUCAGCAUUGCCUGUGACUCAAGCCACUGUAUUCCAUGCUAUAGAAUAUUGUCAGAUUGUUAUUGGUGACAACAGCCUUUGUUUGUUUUAUUCAGAAUUUCUAGUUCCCUGUUGAUCAAUGUUGAUUGCCUGCCAUUUAUAAAUAACGUUGAAAAGGCCAAGUAAUUUGGGACAUGACUGCCAAACUGUAGCCCAAGUUAAUUCAUACAAAUUGCUGUCUUUUCAUGAGAAUAUCAUAUUAAGAUGAGAGUUCUGUGUCAACGUUCUAUGGAAGAACUGAAAGGGAGGAUCUAGUUAAACAAAUUUUUGCAAAAGUUUGUAUCUAUAGUACAACAGACUUCCUCGGGGAUGUUGACAGCUAUUCUGAUUUUCGCUCUGGACGUUGUAAAAAUGGUUUAAGUCCUACAUUCUUCUGCCUAUGUUGCAACAGCAGUCAAACAGGUAAGGGAAACUAAGUGGGCAGCAGAUUAGGACUGAAAGUAUGACUAGUUCCACAAGUCGGAUGGUUAGACUUGCUGUUCUUCCCAUGUGUUGCAUAUUAUAUCACUGCUUUGUCUUCUGUUCUGGCCACUCUCCCCAAUGUACACAAAAUUUACAUCUUUCAAAAUGCUGGAAUAAGAUCAGCUCUGAUUGUAGGAAGAACUGUUCAGUUACUGCUGGUUUGGUAGGUAAAAUAAAGUGAAGCUGUGGGAGAGGCUGUUAUGAGCAUGCUUGGGUACUUGAAGGAUUUGAAUGAAAACUUAUUGGAAGAUAAAACUAAUCUAGAUAUGGAUACAUUUAUGGGUAGCAUCCCUGGCACUUGUGUAGAUGAGCUAAAAGAUUUUCAGAUGCUCAGUUUGGCAGGUCUAAGUUCCUUCUAGAGAAGUCAGUGUGAGAAAUAUCAGUGUGAAGCUGCUAUUGAAGACAGACCUUAGGAAACCAGUUGUGAAAAUUUCUAACUUCACUAACUGAGAAAUGAUUGCAGGAUUCUGGGAUGGAAUGAACAUUCAGAUCCUAAUUAUGGGUUUUUAAAAAGGAAUAUUGGAAGGUGCCACGUGGGCCUUUUGAGGAAAGGGGAUGGAGAUUCCACAGCCUCUCUGCACUGAUGGCUCAUGGGGCGCACCUGUUGACUGCCUCAAGUUCAUUUUUUGUUCAUAUUCCAUAAUAAGCAAAACUAUGAAAAAGUCUAAAAGAAUGUAGUACAAACAUGAACACUUGUAAAUUCUUUCUCUCCUGAGAUAGGAAUGCUAAAUGUGCACAGGUAAAGGCCGUUUCCGCACGGGCGGAAAAUGACGGCCUGGAGACGGUAAAAACGCCGUCUCCAGGCUGCCAUUCGCAUGGGCGGCACAGCCACCCCCGCGCCGCCCUGCUGGCCCGCAGCCGGUGUAUUCCGAGAACGCUAAGAAGCGUUCUUUUCGGAAUACGCCGCCGUGAAGCCGCUGCCGAGCGAACGGCAGCGGCUUCACGGCGCCUCCCCGACC